AUGGAUUGGAUACUCGAGGUCGGAGACGACGACCACGGAAAGUGCAAUGGCGAUGACUAUGUAGGACCAGGAAACAAGGAUACCUGGUACCAGUUUAUCAUCUCGGUCUCUCUAGGCAUCUCGGCCUUUCUAUCUUUCUGUGCCCUCCGACCACGAUGGAAGUCCCUUUACGCUUCGCGAAAGAGGGCGUCCAUGGCCGACCCCUCCAUCGCCCUUCCUCAACUCCCAGAUACCUUCUUCGGAUGGAUGGGCGCCCUAUAUCGCGUCACGGAGCAGCAGGUCCUCGCCUCGGCUGGCCUCGACGCCUUUGUCUUCCUCAACUUCUUCAAGAUGGCCAUGAAGCUGUUCGCCAUCGUCUUCUUCUUCGCCCUGGCCGUUCUUGAGCCCAUCAACCGGGCUUUUCCCGAUGACCUCAACACGUCAGAGGUCCCCGCCACCGAAACCUUUCGCCAGUAUACCUCACCAUACGGCCACACCACCCUCUACGAGGACGACCCCGAUCAGCCUGAUGACAGUUUCAAAAAGAACAAGCGCUACCUGUGGUCCUACCUCGUCUUCACCUACUUCUUUACCGGUCUUACGCUGUUCUUUAUGAAUCGCGAGACCUUCAAGGUUCUCCGAGUGCGCCAGGAUUACCUUGGAACACAAUCCACCAUCACUGACCGGACCUUCCGCUUGGCUGGGAUUCCCAAGGAUCUGCGCACAGAGGAGGAUAUUAAGAAUCUGGUCGAGAGAUUGGAAAUUGGCAAGGUCAAAAGCGUCACUCUGUGCAGGAAGUGGAAAAAGCUGGACGAUUUGAUGGACCAGCGGCAGUCUAUCCUCGCCAAGCUAGAGGAGACCUGGACGGCUUACUUGGGCCAGAAACCGGUCCAACUAGCUAGGGGUCCUCCUCCCCCAAAUCCGGCUCCUAAUGGAGAUAUUGAGAACAGUCCUCUUAUCCCAGACCUUGAGGAUGAGGAAGCGGGCGACACAGGUCGUCUUCUGAGCAACGGCAACACCACUUCCGAUCUCAUGUCGAGCCAAAGGCCGCGACCUCAAACUAGGUUUUGGUACGGCUUUCUCCACUUGCAGAGCCGCAAGACCGACGCUAUUGAUUACUACACGGAGAAGCUGCGUGUCUUGGAUGACAAGAUUCGUGCCGCCAGGAAAAAGGACUUUGAGCCGACCGACCUUGCUUUCGUGACCAUGGACUCUAUUGCAGCCUGUCAAAUGGCGAUUCAGGCGCUCAUUGACCCCCAUCCUGGCCAGUUGCUAACAAAACCCGCCCCUGCGCCAUCCGAUAUUGACUGGAGGAACACCUACGCAUCGCACCUGACCAGACGCGUGCGAUCCGUUGCUGUCACGCUCUUCGUCUGUUUCCUCACCGUUGUAUGGCUUGUCCCGGUUGCCUUCAUGGCCUCUUUCUUGAGCAUUUGCACCAUCGAGCAUUACCUCCCAAGAUUCGCGGGGUGGCUCAAGCAAUAUGACCUCGCCAGAGCGCUGGUCCAGACAGGUCUCCCCACGGCCGUCGUGUCGUUGCUCAACGUUGCGGUUCCGUACUUGUACGACUACCUCUCGUUCCAGCAGGGCAUGCUGUCACGCGGUGAUGCCGCCCUCUCCGUCAUCAGCAAGAACUUCUUCUUCACCUUCUUCAACAUUUUCCUCAUCUUCACCGUCUUCGGCGCCGUCACCUCUAUCAUCGAUGUGCUGCGCGAAAGCCUGAAAGACACCACGUACAUCGCCUACGCCCUGGCCGGCAAGAUCGUAGACCUCGGUGUCUUCUACACCAACUUCAUCAUGCUUCAGGGUAUCGGCCUUUUUCCCUUCCGCCUGCUUCAGUUCGGCAGCGUCUCCCUCUACCCCAUCAACCGCAUGGGCGCCAAGACCCCGCGCGAUUUCGCCCAGAUCGUUCGCCCGCCCAUGUUCUACUACGGCUUCUACCUCCCCACAGCCCUGCUGGUCUUCAUCCUCUGCCUCGUCUACAGCACCCUUCCCCAAGGCUACAAGGUUGUCGGCCUCGGUGUCGCCUACUUCACCCUCGGCUACUUUACCUACAAGUACCAGCUCCUCUACGCCAUGGAGCAGCCGCAGCACGCCACCGGCGGCGCCUGGAACAUGAUCUGCUACCGCAUCAUGCUCGGCCUGCUGGUCUUCCAGCUGACCAUGUCCGGCUACCUGGCCUUGCGCAAGGCGUUCACCGUCGCGCUUUUGAUCUCCCCGCUGCUAUUCAUCACAGUCUGGUACGGGUACUCGUUCCGUCGCCACUUUGAGCCGCUGACCAAGUUCAUUUCGCUGCGGAGUAUCAAGCGCGGCGAGGACGAGGGCGGGAACGCGAUUCUGGAUGAGGAUCUCGAUGGCGAAGGAGAGGAGACUAGGGAAAGAAUUAGGAGGGGCAGUACAGUCGAUGAAGACAAGGAGAAGGGGGCGAGGUUUGUUAAUCCGAAUCUUGUGAAGCCGCUCGAACAACCUUGGAUCUACAAAGACUCCCCACCACUUCCCUCCCCUUCCUCCGGCCUUUCCGGUCUCUUGGAAGACCGCUACACCGACGAGGAGUCGGACCUUUUCUCCGGCUCUCGUCGUCGAUCCACUCGCAACGCCAACGGCCUCCGCGUCGAGACUUCCCGCGGUAGUUCGCAGAGCCGCGCAGAUACCGCUGGUGGUACUUAUGCAGACCUAUUAGGCGGGGACAUGUACUCGGGAGAAAGAACGCCUAGGGGGGCUCCGGCUGACACGCCGAGGAGUAACGGAUCUUCGAGCGCGGCUAGUCUUGGUGAUACCCAUAUUUGGAGAGACGGGGUUUGA